AUGGAUAGAAAGCUUGUAUCGGAGGAGCUGCAGUUGGAAGACAUGCCCUUUUUCAUUCCUUAUGACACGAAAGUUAAUGAUUUUAAUGAAAUCAUUACACCCGAAUUGGAUGAAAUUCUGGGUGAAGCUAUCCCAGCAGAAUUCAGAGAAAAACUAGAUACCAGAGCAUUCUUUGAUGAAAAUGAUCCUAUGAAUGCACAUCUUCCAGAAUUCAAUGGCUGUCACAUAUUCGGAUCCGUCCCAGUGAAUAGGGUUAGUGGCGAACUUCAGAUUACAGCAAAGGGUUUAGGUUAUUUGGAUUCACGUAAAGCGCCACUGGAAGAUUUGAACUUUGCUCACGUCAUCAACGAGUUGUCGUAUGGUGACUUCUACCCAUAUAUCGAUAAUCCAUUGGACAACACUGCCCAGUUCAACAAGGAUGAACCCUUAACUGCUUAUGUCUAUUACACAUCCGUUGUUCCAACACUUUUCCAAAAAUUAGGGGCAGAGGUAGAUACAAACCAAUAUUCCGUUAACGAUUACCGUUACUCGAGUAAAGAUGGUAAUACUAAAAGGGUGCUGGGCAUUUUUUUCAAGUACAAUUUUGAGCCAUUGUCCAUUGUUGUUUCCGAUGUUCGUUUAAGCUUCGUACAGUUUUUAGUCAGAUUAGUGGCGAUAUGUUCGUUUUUGGUCUACUGUGCCUCAUGGAUUUUCACGUUUCUGGACAUGGCUCUAAUCACCGUUAUGGGACCCAAAUGGUCAUUGCGCUAUCAACCAGAUGCUAAAUCUAAGGGUAUUUUAGAUAGGUAG